AUGGCAUCUCAAGCUUGUCCGUCGACGCCAUACGUCGGUUCUGGAAUCAAACAGGACAUUCAUGGAUUAUAUAAUAAAUUUGUAGAUUUUGGAUCACUUAGAAUUCGAGAUUUUGGGGAAGUUUAUCGAAUGAAUCACUUUGAUAAAAUUUAUUGCUCCCGGAUUUCGCCAGCCGAAUACACCGAGUUCGCCGAAUUACUCCUCCAACAAGCCGCUUCAUAUUUCCGUGAGCGCGACAGCGUCGGCGAAAUUCGCAGUUUGCAGCAGCGCAUUUUUGGUGUUUAUCUAACGUAUGCCCUUUAUUCAACUCAACCAACCGAUCUCAUGGUCCAGGUGCGGGUGACUUUAACCCAAGUGAAGGACCUUCUAGUUUUCCAAGAAGAAUUGAAAGAAAAGAAGUUAUUCGAUGCCGUCGCAUGCAUUCAGAAUUUGAUAAAGAAAAACGCGUUUCAAAUUAGUAUAUUUCAAUCGACUUAUGAUCCUUCAGUUCGAAAAAAGGAGCUGGUUGAGGAUAAGAUGUCAGACUACGUUGCUGGCACAGUGGUGCCUUUUGAGGACAUGAGGCGAACAAUGGAUCACGAUUCAUUCAAGGAGCUCGAAUUUUUGCACAAAACUUACGUGAAUGUGAAAAACAAGUUCAAUUUGAGAGGCGGCGGGAUGUCGUUAGUGAAUUCCCGAAAUCCGCUUCAAGAAUGCCAUCGAAUUUUUGAGAAAUACAAAAAUGGAUACGAGAUGAAGAACGGCGAUUAUGGGCCAUCGGGCUCACUUUUGAAUUCUGAAUCGUUGGGAACGACAAGAUCAAAUGCUCGAGCUAAAGCUUAUUCAGCUGGCUUCAAACAUCAAAGGCAUCGCCGAUAUUUGGACCCGAACAUGGAAGAAAACUUCAAACAGCCGACAAUUGCUGAUAUUGCAAAGGAAUUGAUUGAUGGAAAUGCGCAGCAGGUUCCAGACAAUCAUGGAGAUCCAUGUACCACGAAACGCCUGGCACGGAAUUCUAAACGAAACCCGGCUCCCGAUGCUGCUUGUGAAAACGACAAUGAUGACGCUAUUGCGAUGGACACUUUAAUGGAAUCGCAGACAGCACUUCUUGAAAGAGUCAAACCCGAUUCAGAUGAAGAAGUAGGUGAAGAGGAAGCGGUGUCGAAGAAGCGAACGAAAGUUCGAGCGCCGAAGCGAAAAUCGAAUUCGACUGUACGGGGCGCGGUUUCUGACGAAGAUUUGCUUGCCGCUUCGCAAUCGCCGACGAAGGCUAAAGAAAAGAAAAAUGUGCCAAAAUUAUCGAAUGUCUGGAGCGCCAAAUUGAAACGAUACAAUGACAUCGAACGCGCAGCUGACAAAACGUUGGAAAAACUGCAAAGCAAAAUUAAAAUCGAGGACACGAUCUAA